AACGACUUUAAACAAAGGAUACCUUGACAAAAUCUGAUAAACAAAGUGCCACAUCAUAGUUUAAACUAAAGGUGGAGUAUAUUUAGACUGUCCAAGAUAUUAUAUAUAUACCGAUAUGUGCCGUGCGUGUCAUUUGGGAUUAUCUGUCAAUGCUUACAGAUUACAAUAAAAAGUUAAAAGUAAUGAAUUUCACUAAAGUAUUCAUCUUGUGUGGACUCUAUCUCUGUGCAUGGACGCAUGAUAACAAAACUGUAGAUCAGAAUCCUUCCGCAGGCAAUACAAUAAAUAAGCUAUUAGACCAUGCUAGAUAUGAUCUUCAAGAUGCAGGAAUCGCGAUGCUACUGAAAGAACUCAAAGAUGCCAGAACUUACGAAAAAAAUGGUAAGCACGUGUCUACCCCUCUUGAAAUUACAAGCAUUUACACACGUUGGGGACGUAGGACAUGUCCUGCUGGUGCAUCCUUAGUUUAUGAAGGAUUUGCAGCUGGGGGAGAACACCAGUCAACUGGGGCAGCUGCAAAUUAUUUAUGUCUUCCAAGUAAUCCAGACUGGGAUAAUAAGAGCCAUAACCCUAAGUACACAAGCUUGAUACAUGGAGUAGAAUAUGAAACCCAGCAAAGCUUGUUGCACGAACUUCACGAUCAAGACGUUCCCUGUGCUAUUUGUCAAGUCUCAAGCGGCAGUGUUGUGAUGGUACCCGGAAAGAAUACCUGUUUCAAAAACUUUGUUAAAGAAUACAACGGUUAUCUUAUGGCUGGACUUCCUAUUCAUAGGGCAGCUUCUGAGUAUGUUUGUGUUGAUGGUGAACCUGAACCAGCCAACAAAUCUCUUGCUCAGAAUCACAAUGGAAAAUUGUUUUAUUUUGUUCGAGCAAAAUGUGGCUCACUCAAAUGUCCUCCAUAUAAAGAAGGUGACGACCUUACAUGUGUCGUUUGUUCUUAUUCUCCUUGACGUACAUUUAAUUUGUUCUCCAUAUAUCUAAUUGCAACAUCGUUUACAAUUAUAAUAAUUUGUCAAAGAAAAUAUAAAUUAUUUUCACAAAAAAAUUGUUUCUGUGGUUUGUACACUGUCUUUGUUUUGAAGUGGAGACAGCAAAAUUUUAAUGAUAUUUUUACUAAGUCUAAUGGGAUGUUUACUUCUGCAUGUUGUUGCAAGAACAUUUAUAUUUGAUAUCAGAAAUUGAAACAUGUUC